AGGGGAGUCUGGUCAGUUCCACAGCAUCAGAAGCAACCAAGCCAUCUGUACAACAAGCCAGCUUAACCAUGAAGUUCCUACUCUUGUGCACUCUUAUCCUGGGCCUCGCCUUCUUCAUGGCUUCUGCUCUUCCCCAAUCCCUUGAAAACGAAGCCCCGAUCGCUGACCAUGGGGAUCACCACCGUGUGGUCCGAAGCAUCAAAUUCGCCGACGAUGUGAAGCCUCAAUCCAAGCAGGGCGAUGUCGCCUGCUGCGGCUAGGCUACGUCCUGAUUGAGGCGUUGCUUUAACUUUAUCGAGCUUUAAACGCCUACAAUUUCAAAUAAAGAGCAAUAUUGAAAAAUGUA